GGAAUAACUACAAGGAGUGUUGCCGUGAAAUUUCUUGCGUAUUUUACAGUCAAAUGGUGAAUAUUGACUUGGUGUGAUAUAUCGUUGAUCGCAGUGUUUGGUUGGCGGACAGUUGUUGUAAUGGGGAACGCAGACACAAAAUUAAAUUUCAGGAAAGCAGUUGUUCAGCUUACAUCCAAGACACAUCCUAUUGAUGCCGGUGAUGACAGUUUCUGGGACCAGUUCUGGUCUGAGAGUGUAACUAAUGUGCAAGAUGUUUUCACAUUGGUGCCCUCGCCAGAAAUCCGAGCUCUUCGAGAAGAAGCACCAUCAAAUUUAGCAACUUUGUGCUAUAAAGCAGUUGAAAAGUUGGUGAAGGCAGUUGACAACAGUUGUAGAACUCAAUAUGAACAACAAACUGUCCUGAACUGUGUGCGACUGCUGACUCGAGUAUUGCCAUACAUCUUUGAAGAUCCGGACUGGCGAGGAUUUUUCUGGUCAAGUUUGCCAGGACAAUCUCAGGAAGACGAUGAAGAACAAUCCAUGCCAUUGGCGCAGUCACUCAUCAAUGCUAUCUGUGAUUUGCUGUUUUGCCCUGACUUCACCGUUGCUGCCAAUAGAAAAUCUGGUCCAGACAAGGCAGAGGAUCUUCAGGCCAUUGACAGUUGUGAAUAUAUUUGGGAAGCUGGAGUGGGUUUUGCGCACUCGCCACCACGUUACCCGACCCACGAUUCAAAUAGAACGGAGCUUCUGAAGCUGCUUCUUACUUGCUUUAGUGAAACAAUGUACCAGCCUCCAGUUGAUAUUCAUAUUGCACCUAAUCGAUGGAUACAGUACUUCACUUGCGCAGAGAAUCGACACGCAUUACCAAUGUUUACUUCGCUGCUGAAUACAGUAUGUGCUUAUGAUCCUGUCGGUCUUGGAGUGCCCUAUAAUCAUCUCUUGUUCUCUGAUUCUGUGGAACCGUUGGUGGAUACUGCAUUGCAGAUCCUUAUCGUCACAUUGGAUCAUGAUACAAGUGGCAGUGCACCAGAGGGUGAGGAGGCAUCAGUGCCAGAUAACUUGUUCAUCAAUUACUUGUCGCGGAUACACCGAGAUGAAGACUUUCACUUCGUUCUGCGGGGUUUUACGAAGCUCCUGAACAAUCCUCUCGUUCAGACGUACUUGCCCAACUCUACCAAAAAGGUGCAAUUCCAUCAGGAGCUCCUAGUCUUUUUUUGGAAAAUGUGUGACUACAACAAGAAAUUCUUGUAUUAUGUGCUGAAGAGCAGCGACGUGUUAGAGAUUUUGGUGCCAAUCCUGUACCAUCUUAACGACUCCCGUGCCGAUCAAUCUCGAGUUGGUCUGAUGCACAUAGGUGUGUUCAUCCUGCUUCUUCUCAGUGGGGAGAGAAAUUUUGGUGUUCGCCUCAAUAAACCAUACACCGCCACAAUACCGAUGGACAUUCCUGUCUUCACAGGGACGCAUGCGGAUCUCCUAAUUACAGUUUUCCACAAAAUUAUCACAACUGGUCACCAGAGGUUGCAGCCAUUGUUUGAUUGUCUCCUUACGAUUCUUGUAAAUGUGUCACCUUACUUGAAGACGUUGUCGAUGGUGGCCAGUACCAAACUAUUGCAUCUGUUGGAAGCAUUCAGUACUCCAUGGUUCCUGUUCUCAUCUCCUACAAACCACCAUCUGGUUUUCUUCCUGCUAGAAAUCUUCAACAACAUUAUUCAGUAUCAGUUUGAUGGGAACUCAAAUUUGGUAUACACAAUCAUUCGCAAGCGACAAGUGUUCCAUUCAUUAGCAAACCUUCCAUGUGACUAUGGAACUAUUGCUAAGUCCCUAACUAAACGUACGAGACGUCAUCUACCCAGCGCCACAUCCACAGAAAAUAUAGGAGAGUUGCCAAGCAUGGAAGGUUCUCGUCCAGCUUUGCCAGCAGAACCUGGCACUUUGAAAGCUACACUUCCAGACACUCCAGGUAUAAAGUUUUGCAUUGAAAAAAUGACUGAGAAGGAAUCGGCUCAUCCUUCGGUUAAUCAGCUCUGUGAGCUAACAGCGGCUGCGACAGUGAAUGGUGUGAAUUCCAACAGUUCAUCUCUUCUGCAACAGUCGUCUGUGCAGGAAUUAACACACAACUCCAGUGAGGACCAUGUAAGGAAAGGUGAUGGCGAAGAGUUGCCCAGGUCAAAGAGUAUGCCUAACACAAGUCCAGAGUCUCCGACACCAUCAAUCCAUUCAACAAACAAUUCACACUCGUCUAACGCAAGUGGACGUAAGACUUCGGAGUCUUCAGUUGUCAGUCUGCAGAGAUCUGUAGCACAGCGUCAGAGUAUUCGGCUGACGGAAGCCCAUUCUCUCGCUCAGGGGAGUGGUAUCGGACCCCCUAUCGGAAUGGGAGCCGGAGGACUGUGGGUACCGACUUCAGAGUGGGUCGGUUCUUGGAAGACAAAACUACCAUUGCAGACAAUCAUGAGGCUUUUACAAGUGCUUGUACCACAGGUGGAGAAAAUAUGUAUCGACAAGGGCCUGACAGAUGAGAGUGAGAUUCUCAAGUUUCUGCAGCACGGAACAUUGGUGGGACUGUUGCCCGUUCCCCAUCCCAUUCUGAUCCGAAAGUACCAGGCAAACUCUGGGACCACAACGUGGUUCCGUACGUACAUGUGGGGUGUCAUCUAUCUCAGGAAUGUUGAUCCUCCUAUAUGGUAUGACACUGAUGUCAAACUGUUUGAAAUUCAACGAGUGUGAAGUUGAGGUUUAAUUCAGGUAUAAUGGUCACAAUGUCUCGUUGAACUCAACAUUGCAUUUCAUAGUAGAUUUUAAUAUGUUGAAAUUUGAUUAAUUUUCUGCUCUUAACUUUCAUUACAUUCCACGCCUUUAUUUCCUUUUGCAAAUAGAUUUUUCUUAGAUAAUUACGUAUUAUGCGUAUGAUUUACAGUCGUACUUUUUGCAGUAUCUUCGGUCAUCAUAAUAUUGCAUAACUGAGGCAUUCAUAUUCUGAUUCUUAUUUUGCAAAUUAUUGUGGAAUAAACGGCGGAUACUGCUAAGUUCCAAAAAAAUAUUUACUUGAUUUGUACAAGUCACCGAACUAUUUCAAAUACAGAGAGACUUGUAGAAUCGUCUUUCAGAAUUUAACACCUUUUACAAAUAGAAAUACUAUGAUACAAAUUUUUUCAGUACAUUAAAGCAGUUUUACAUUCUACUUUGUGUGUUCGCUUAGUUUUCAGCGUAGAAAUGAAUAUAUAAUUUUUUCCUUUCUCACGUAGCAGUCAAGUGUGUCACGAGCAAAGGGCCAUAUCAUCGUUAGCCAAUUUUUUUAAUGCGUAAGUGCCUUUUUUUGUUCUACUGCCAAGCGGUGUUAAAUGUGGCGGUAUUUUUGUAGAUACAUUAUGCCUUUUCAACCUGUAUGAAGGAAAUAAAGUAACAUUUUAAGUUUAUUAACUUAGUUUUACCAAAGGUAACUGCAAUUUGGACUUCAGGUCUCUCUUAAUAAGUACAGUUUUAAGCCAAUGUUGAAUUCAAAAGGAUAUUACCGUACGUUAUCUAAGUCAUUCUUAAAUACAAAAUAUUGCAACUGUGGCUUGGCAACUGUGAUGGCAUAUUUUAAAUCCUGCCUUUUAUGCACCAUCUUAAUGCAUGAACGGUUUUAAGGGUGCUAUAUAUAUAACUAGAUGUCCGUAGAUUUAGUACUAUACUGUUAUUGGUAUAAUGUAUGUAGUGUUAUAUUUAUUUAUGGUAGUACAUGUAUAAUAUUUAUUUUAAAAUGUAAGCAGUUUCUUCAAACUUUGAUGUCUGACGUACGCUGCAUAACUAAGACUAAGAUCCUAUGCUGUAAGCAUGAAGUUGAUCAUUUGUGCAUCCAGACCUGUAAAGGUUUUUUUGAAUAUUAUGCUAAGAAUAAAAACAAUUUAUUUUGUUCAACAAUAAAAUUAAGUAGUACGAAGCAAA